CAGGGUUAGCUGUUUUCCCUCCUCUAACGGGGCGAAGCUUUUUGGCUGAGUUCAUGUUCAGAAGCACCAAGUUGUGACGGUGAGCUCCACAGGGUCCAUAUCUUCAUCUCUCUAGGUGGAGGUCCGGUUAACGGACCGAACACUCUCUUCGAAACCCGUAAAGGAGAUCUAUGAGGUUCUGUUGACCCAUCAGGAUGUUCAACAGUUCAUUUAACACUCCCUUCGGCGGGACGACAGGGGGCUUCGGCACCACGUCAACCUUCGGUCAGCAAAACACAGGUUUUGGGACGACGGGAGGUUUUGGAACGUCUGCGUUUGGGGCGACCACCAACACCGGCGGACUGUUUGGCUCCACGCAGAACAAACCCGGCGGCUUAUUUGGAUCCAGCACCUUCAGCCAGCCGGCCACCUCCUCCACCAGCACUGGUUUUGGCUUUGGUGCCGCCAGCGGAACGUCCACCAGCCUGUUUGGAAACACAGCAACCAACACCGGUGGCGGGCUUUUCUCCCAGCAGAACAAUGCAUUCGGCGCCAACAAACCAAAUUCUUUUGGAAGCUUUGGGACCAGUACCAGCAGUGGUGGCCUGUUUGGGUCGACCAACACCACCACCAACCCUUUCGGUGGUACCGCCCUGUUUGGAGGCUCUGGCUUUUCAGCCAAUCAGCAGCCAGGGACAACAGUGAAAUUCGCUCCUCCAACAGGAAGUGACACCAUGGUCAAAGCUGGUGUGACCACAAGCAUAAACACCAAACAUCAGUGCAUCACAGCCAUGAAGGAGUACGAGAACAAGUCUCUGGAGGAACUGAGGCUGGAGGACUACCAGGCGGGCAGGAAGGGCCCCACAAACCCGAUGGCCCCGGGGACGGGCGGCCUGUUUGGUGGAGCCACACCCACUUCCAGCGCCUCAACGGGACUGUUCGGUGCCUCGGCCUCAAACACCAACUUUAACUUUGGGGCAAACAAGUCCACAUUUGGUGCCACUACAGGCUCCUUCGGAACCAACGCAGGGAAUCUGUUUGCACAGCCCAACCAGCAGGCGGCCGGCAGUCUCUUCAAGCCCUUUGGAGCAACCACCACCACCCAGAGUGCCGGCUUCAACUUCGCCAACACCAACACAAUAGGCCAGCCCAACACCAGCAGCAUGGGUUUGUUUGGAAGCACGGCGGCUUCUCAACCCGGCGGCCUGUUCGGAAACACCCAGACCAGCACCACCACUGGGUUUGGAACGGGAACCGGGCUUUUUGCACAACCAAACGCUGGCUUUGGAAACGUCGGCACACAGCCCAGUUUGUUCGGGAACAAAGCCUCUGGCUUUGGAACCACGACAACAAAUGCUCAGUCUUUUGGCACCGGUACUCUCUUUGGGAACAAGCCCGCCCUGACUCUGGGAACCGGAACCAACACCUCCAACUUCGGGUUUGGUACCAACCAAGCUGGAGGAGGACUCUUUGGGAACAAGACGGCCACUGGUGGACUCGGCGCUGGGCUUGGAACCGGCUUUGGGACAGUUGGUACCGGAACCACUCUGUUUGGAAACAACCAGAACAAACUGGGCACCACGCUGGGAACCAUGGGAGCGUUUGGAACCACAGGCUUCAACAGCGGAGGAACGGGUCUGGGCUUUGGGGCACCACAGCAGCCCGUUGCGCUGACCGACCCGAACGCCAACGCCGCCCAGCAGGCCAUGCUGCAGCAACAGCUCAACGUUCUGGCCUACUCUCCGUACGGCGACUCGCCGCUCUUCAGGAACCCGCUGUCUGAUCCGAAGAAGAAGGAGGAGCGUCUGAAGCCGACCAAUCCAACGGCCCAGAAGGCUCUGACCACGCCCACCCACUACAAGCUCACCCCCCGACCUGCCACCAAGGUUCGGCCCAAAGCGCUCACGUCCUCCGGCGCCUCCAAGUCACAGCUGUUUGACGGUCUGGAUGACGACGAGCCGUCGCUCACCAACGGAGCUUUCGUCCCCAGGAAGAGCAUCAAGAAGCUGGUUCUGAAGAACCUAAACAGCAGUCAGUACAGCAACAGCAGCCUGAACAAGGAGAACGAUGACCUGGCCUCGCCAUCGGACUACCCCCAGAACGGACACAGCCAAGUAGAGGAGGAGGACAUUCGGGAGGUUCCAGGUGUGAGCAACCGGACCGACGAUGACCCAGAAGUCACCCAGUUCUAUGUGAACCCCAUCGCCAAACCCAUCCCACAGGGCCGGGUCCAGAGCAGCCUGCAGGACACCAUCAGUGACCUGAACAUGCACAAGCAGCCGAGGAACGGCCUGGAGCUGAGCAGUGAUGAUGUGUCAGCGUCCUUCGGGGAGGAUUCUCUGCAGGAGGAAGUGGAGGAGGAGCAGCAGCAGGAGCCUAAGCAGUCUCCUCAUCCUGCAGGCAUCGUUCUGAACAAAAUGGGUUACUACACCAUCCCCUCCCUGGACGAUCUGGCCGAGAUGGUGGAUGAAAAUGGAGAGUGUGUGGUGGAGAACUUCACCAUCGGCAGGAAAGGUUAUGGCUCGAUCUUCUUCCCCGGCGAGGUGAACCUGACUGGACUCAACCUGGAUGAGAUCGUCCACUUCAGACGCAAAGAGGUCAUCGUCUACCCGGACGACAAGAACAAGCCGCCGGAGGGGGAGGGGCUUAACAGACGGGCCGAGGUGACUCUGGACGGUGUCUGGCCAAACGAUAAGACGACCUGUGCUCAGAUCCGCAGCCCAGAGCGUCUGACCGACAUGAACUACGAAGGGCGGCUGGAGAAGGCCUCCAGGAGGCAGGGAGCCCGCUUCCUGGAGUACCGGCCAGAGACCGGCUCCUGGGUCUUUGAGGUCACCCAUUUCUCCAAAUAUGGACUUCAGGACUCCGACGAAGACGACGACGUCCCGCCUAAAACUGACCCCAAGAAGCUGAAGACGAUGAUGUCACUGCCUGCCUCCAGGCUGAAGCAGCUGCUUCCUCCAUCUCAGCAGCAGGUGGCGCCACAGGCUCAGUCCACCACUGUGGAUCUGGCGAGCGGCAUGGCGGAGCUGGACAGCGACAUGGCCGACAUCACGCAGAGCGUCCCGAUGGAGAGCAUCCUGGGAGCCGAAGACGGCGAGCUGCCGCUGGACGACACGGAGCUGAGCAAGCUGGGGGGGGAGGUUCUGGCGGACCAUGAGCUGACUGGGUCCAGCCACAUCCCCUCCUCUCUGGGCAUCAACCCGCACACCCUGCAGAUCAUGAAGGCGUCGCUCUUCACUGAGGAAGAGGAAGAUGACAUGUUCCAGAACAGAACCAGGGGGUCCACUGACACCUCGUCUCCUCGAGUCGUCCUGUCGGGACCUCUGGGUCGACCUCCAGUCGGGGGCCUCCUUCAGGCCCGUUUCAGUACCUCUCAGCGUUUGGACUCCCCCCGGCCGUCGGCGCUGGCCGACCCUCCACGGCCCAUGCAGUGGAAGAGUCCAGGCCCCGCCUCCUUCCUGCUGCCGCCCAGAGUUCCAGAACCAGCGAUUCGAACAGUGGGAGUCCGCAGGCUGGGCGGCCCGGUCCCCCUCACAGAAUCAGUCACUCAGGGCAAGGGGGCGCUGUUGAUGGACACAGGCCUCUUCGCCACCCGCUCAUUCAGGGUGGGCUGGGGGCCCGGCUGGACCUUGGCCCACUGCGGUAGCCGGCUCAGCUCUCAGAACCAGCACCAAGAGGUCGGCUCCAAGAUGGACUUCAGCUUCAUGCCCAAACCGUCCAGGAACAAACCGCUCGCUGAGAGCCCCUUCAAGGUGGUUCUGGAGCAGCUGGUGGGACUGGAGCCUCUGCAGAGGAAGACCAGUGAGGAAGAGGAGGAGGAGGACAGCAAUGCGGUGCUGCAGCGCCCCCUGGAGAUCUGCCUGAAGAACAGCACCGUCAGCAUCCCAGAGGGAGGCGCCUGUCCUCUGGUGGAGCCUCAGAGCGGCGUGGCGGCGCUGCACGAGUAUGCCGAGUGGAUCACGGAGCUGAGGGAGCGGCGGGACGACGCAGAGCCCGUCCUGGCUCACUGGGCCGAGGUCUGGACCCUGUGUGAGGCCCUGUGGGGCCGCCUGGGCCCCUCCCAUCAGGACUCGGAACCAGAACCGCUGGGCGAAUACGAGCAGCAGCUGCAGAGGCGGCGCGCCUUCUCCGCCUGGCUAUCCCACGGCGCCUCCUGCAGGGUGGAGAAGGAGGUGGCGCUGGUUGGGAGGAGUCGUCACACAGAGGCAGUUUUCAGCUAUCUGACAGGAAGCCGCAUCAGCGAGGCGUGUCGGGUGGCCCAGAAGGAAGGAGACCACCGGCUGGCGCUGCUGCUCUCUCAGGCCGUCGGCUCCCAGUUCUGCCGCGACCUGCUGGGCCUGCAGCUCGCCGACUGGAACCGGAUGCAGACGGACCACUACAUGACGGAGGACAGACUUCGGAUCUUUGUCCUGCUGGCCGGGAAGGCUGUGUGGCAGUCGUCUGAGUCGGCGGUGAACGUUUGCUCUGAGCUCGACUGGAAGCGCUGCCUGGCGCUGCACCUGUGGUACAUGCUGCCUCCCACCGCCUCCGUGGCCGACGCCCUCGCUAAAUAUGAAGCCGCGUUCCAGGGCUCCACUGAGGCUGGCCGGUACGCCUGUGCCCCCCUGCCCCCCUACCAGGAGGCGGAGCUACCAGAUGAGGAGGAGGAGGAGUCUGAGCGGCCGCUGUACGAUCUGUGUUUCCACCUGCUGAAACUCUACAGCGACAGACACUACAGCCUGCAGCCGCUGCUCGACCCGCUCACCGUCACCUGGCGACGCCUGGAUUACCGCCUCAGCUGGCACCUGUGGGGCGUCCUGCAGGCGCUGAACUACAGCCACCUGAGCGUCUGUAGGCAAGGCCUGGUCCACGCCAGCUACGCCGCCCAGCUGGAGAGCGCCGGUCUCUGGCACAUGGCCGUCUUCAUCCUUCUGCACAUCCCAGACCACAGCCAGCGAGAGCGAGCCGUCAGGGAGAUGCUGACGCUACACUGCCCCCUACUGGAGACGGAGGAAUCUGUCUGCAGGGAGCGCUUCCUGACGGAGCGGCUGCUCAUCCCCGAGAGCUGGAUCCACGAAGCCAAGGCCAUCCGGGCCCACAGGGACGGAGACCGGCGCCAGCAGGCGCUGCACCUGUACCGGGCCGGAUACUGGAACCAGUGCCACCGGCUGCUGAUCCAGCACCUGGCCUCAGAUUGCAUCAUCAACGACGACCACGACUACCUGCUGGAGUUCCUGGAAGGCCUGGCAGUACCUGAACACAGCGCCAGCAUCCAGGACUGGGACACGGCAGGGAGAGUCUACCUGGACUACAUCCGAGUCAUCAAGUGUCUGCAGGACAUCCAGCAGAUGGAGAACACCGGAUACGAGCUGGAGCGUCUCUAUGCCGACGUGACGUCGCUCUGCAGCCGGAUCGAGCUGCUGCCCUGCAGGACGGCCAAGGACCGCCUCGCCCAAUCAGAAAUGGCGAAACGUGUGGCGAACAUACUACGGGUGGUGUUAAGCCUGCAGCAGGGUGACGGUGCCGCCGACCCGCUCAGCAUCCCACUGGCUCAGUUGGCGCCGCACAUCAGCCGCCUGCCGAUGCCGGAGGACUACACCCUGGAGGAGCUGCGGGGCCUGACGCAGUCGUACCUGCGGCAGCUGGUCGUCAGCCAAUGAGAGCGAAGGACUCUCUGAGAGACGCCAGAAAACAGAGGUUCUGAUCGGUGGGUCCAACAGAACUGUCUGAGACUGAAAACCAGCUGUUGAUUAAUCCCCAGAUUUAACGAGUAGACUGACUCCAACCAGAGUUUAACCCAGAUGGACAGGUUCUGAGUCUGAUCAGAACUUUUCGACUGAUACGGGAGUUUUGCAAAGAUCCGACGGGUUUCCUUCCUGGUUUUAUCUGAAAGUUUCCUCCAAACGGGUCAGAACCAGAAAUGUUUCUUUCUCAUCAUUUGUAUGCUGACCUCAGCGACCCUCUCUGUUAGGUAUCAAAGGAUUAUGGGUUUUGAUCAGCUGUUGAUAUGUGAAUAAGACGGAUCUAUAACAGAACCGGAACCGUCUGUUGUUCAGAUUGGACUCUUGAAAACUGAACUCAGAUGUUCUAUUUUUUUAGGUUUUUCUGUUUGUUUUGGAUAGAAAUGAGAAUUUAAACCUUGUUCUGAUCCGAUGAUCCAGGUGAGGAUUUUCUGCACAGUGACAUCAGAACCAUUAAGGGAGCGGCAGAGCUUUCUGUUUUCUUCACGCUUGCAGAACCAAGCUUCUUUAGAGUGUUGUUGUCAUUUAACAGACUGGUGUACAUGGAUGGACCCGGGUCUGUGUGGAGUCCUGAGUGUCUGAGUGUGUGCGCAUGUGUUUCUGUUGCUUAUAUUUUUAAUAAAGUUGAAUUGGAAAUAAAAAUCUGUUGGCUU